AUGCCACGAGGUGGAGAGGAUCAAAAAGUCUACGUUGGCAACCUGCCAGCUGAUGUCCGUGACAAGGAGGUCGAAGACAUCUUCCAUAAGUACGGGCGCAUCAAGUACAUCGACGUCAAAUCCGGACGCGGACCAGCAUUCGCUUUUAUCGAGUUCGAGGACAACAGAGAUGCAGAGGAUGCAGUCCGCGCUCGUGACGGCUACGAGUUCGAUGGACGCCGUAUUCGCGUCGAGUUCACUCGUGGAGUCGGACCACGAGGACCAGGCGGUCGCCCAAUCAACGAGGAAGGAGGUGGCUACCGUGGAGGCGGUGACUAUCGUGGAGGACGUGGUGGUCGUCAAGGUGGACCACAAAGAAGAACUGGAUACCGCGUCAUUGUUGAAGGACUUCCACCAACCGGAUCGUGGCAGGAUCUGAAAGACCACAUGCGUGAGGCUGGAGACGUCUGCUAUGCCGAUGUUGCUCGCGACGGAACCGGAGUAGUUGAGUUCACUCGCUACGACGACGUCAAGUACGCUAUUCGUAAGUUGGACGACACCAAGUUCCGAUCCCAUGAGGGAGAAACUGCAUACAUUCGUGUUCGCGAGGACAACUCAUCUGCCGGAGGAAGCGGAGGUGGUGGUCGUGAUCGUGAUCGCAGCCGCUCUCGCUCACCACGUGCCGAGCGUCGUGCUUCGCCAAAGUACUCUCCACGUCGUUCUCGCUCCCGUAGCCGUUCCCGCUCUCGCUCUCGUUCGGUUUCUCGCAGCCCAUCCCGCUCGCCGUCUCCACAAUAA